AUGCAGCUCUCCAUCGUCCUCCUCUUUUCCAUCAGCCUGGUGUCAGCGGUCGCCGUCCCUCAGGGCGCGGACGCCGCCACCGGCACCGCCACCGACGCGUCUGAGGUUUCCUACAAUUCCGAGCACGAUCCCAUCUGCCACAGAAACUCCGACUGCGGCACCGGAUGCUGCUACAACGGCAUCUGUCUCGCUUACUGCUUCCACGAACAGGGUCCUAUCGAGGACCAAAAAUGCCACGGAACCAAGGCGAAGUGUUCUCAUCACCCCGGUGCAGUCCGAGAUACUGUUCCCGAAUCCCGCUUCCCUUGA